CAUCUUCCAAACUCUUCCUCCCUUACACGCCCAGUCCCUCCCUCCCACAUGCCCGGAUUCUGCUCCUCAAGCAAUUUCCACCCUCUUCUUAUGCCCAACGCCACGGAGAAAGAAGAGGAAGAAAACAAGCAACGCUUCUCUCUGGGUCUCUCUCCGUCUCCUCUGCCAUGGCCUGACGGGCAUUACGCCUCACUAAGCACCGCCUCGCGAGGACUUGGGAGAUGGGUUCGUGCGUUUCUGCCCAGAGGAGCUCUUCCUUGGAGUCCGCCGUGAAACGCAGCUUGUCUUCCGCCUCCCAGAUGGAGAAGCCCAUGGGUGCUCGUCAUCCGCGCCCCGCCGCCGGAGAAGUCCCUGUCGCCGCCAUCGGUGUUCCUCUCGGGUCCCGCCGGACGCCAACUUUCUCCGAUUUUGGGAGCAAAGAGGACAAGUUUUUUGAUUCUCAAGCCUGGAUGGAGUCAGACUGCGAAGAUGAAUUCUUCAGUGUAAAAGGCGAUUUCACUCCUUCUCGUGGCAGUACUCCGGUCCAUGAUAGUUUCAUUACUAGCACACCUCAAAGGAUCACAACCUUUUAUAAGGAUGAAGCACUGGGCUCCAUUCCCAAACCAACCCCAGCUGGUGGCAAAAAGAAAUUAGCUGAACUUUUCCAGGAGAGUUUCCGAGGCGGCCAAUGUCUCAACGGCGACAAUAAAUUCUCCAAUAACCCCACAAACCCGGCAUGGGGGAUUUCUAGCGCAUCCGGGGCUAACUCUGUUCACAGCAGCAAGAGGACUGCUGGUGGGGGUUCAACGAUUAUCGAGGAGAAACAAGUCACUCCUUUUCAGGAUUGCCUUUUGAGCUUGGUAUCCUGCGGCGGUUCUAGUAAAAGGAGAAGGAAGAUGACCCCUGCCAUAGCUAUACAUGGUUAGAACCUUGUCUCCUGCACUCCGGUUACCACUUUGAUAUUAAUACACACACACUUGUGUUUGUGUGCAUACACUUGUACAUAGUACAUACACAAAGUUCCUGAGAUGCUUGAAUUAAGUUCUUAAAAAGUAUGCGGUCUUGUUAGUGUAUGCAUUCACGACGAUGGUGUAUAAAAUGACUUGUACAGAUUUUUGGCUGCUGCAACUUGUUUCCCUCUCCA